GGGACCGCUCCGAUGGAAAUACAUUGUAAGCACGACCCGUUUGCAGCAAUGCAUAGACAUGGAGGAGUGAAUCAGUUAGGGGGUGUUUUUGUGAAUGGUCGUCCACUCCCUGAUGUUGUCCGGCAAAGGAUUGUGGAACUUGCCCACCAAGGGGUCAGGCCGUGUGACAUCUCCAGGCAGCUACGGGUCAGCCAUGGUUGUGUCAGCAAAAUUCUUGGCAGGUACUAUGAGACUGGAAGCAUUAAGCCUGGAGUGAUUGGAGGAUCCAAACCAAAGGUCGCCACACCCAAAGUCGUCGAAAAAAUUGCAGAGUAUAAACGCCAAAAUCCCACCAUGUUUGCCUGGGAGAUCAGGGACAGGCUUCUAGCCGAGCGAGUGUGUGACAAUGACACCGUACCCAGCGUCAGCUCGAUUAACAGGAUCAUACGGACUAAGGUACAGCAACCACCCAACCAGCAGGUCCCAGCCUCUAGUCACAGCAUAGCCUCCACGGGGUCCGUGACCCAAGUCUCGACAGUGAGCACUGACUCCGCCGGCUCCUCCUACUCCAUUAGUGGAAUUCUGGGAAUUACAUCCCCCAGUGCUGAAAGCAACAAACGCAAACGCGAUGAAGGUAUUCAGGAAUCUCCAGUACCAAACGGCCAUUCCCUCCCGGGUCGAGAUUUCCUUCGGAAACAGAUGCGAGGAGAUCUUUUCACCCAGCAACAGUUAGAAGUGUUGGAUCGAGUCUUUGAGAGGCAACAUUAUUCUGACAUCUUCACAACGACUGAACCCAUCAAACCAGAGCAGUGGUGCUCCAUGCUGAUGAGACAAUACUUGGUGCAACCCCAGGCAGUCAUUUUUCAGACGACAGAAUACUCAGCCAUGGCAUCAUUAGCUGGCGGAUUAGAUGAUAUGAAGGCCAAUUUAACAAGCCCUACUUCAGCAGAAUUAGGAGCUAGUGUUCCAGGACCACAAUCCUACCCUAUCGUGACAGGUCGUGAAUUGGCAAGCACAACGCUCCCAGGAUACCCUCCUCACGUCCCCCCUACUGGACAGGGCAGCUAUUCUGCUCCAACACUGACAGGAAUGGUGCCUGGGAGCGAGUUUUCUGGAAGUCCAUACAGCCACCCACAGUAUUCAACAUACAAUGACUCCUGGAGAUUUCCCAACCCUGGAUUGCUAGGCUCUCCUUAUUAUUACAGUGCUGCAGCCCGAGGAGCGGCACCCCCAGCAGCUGCUGCUGCCUAUGACCGCCACUGACCCAAGGAGUCUGGAACUCCAGCACUUACUAAACAUAUCAUCCAGGCUGACGGCAUCCGAUUCACCUAGAAAUAACCAUGCAAAUCAGACUGCAAGGAAGGAAGACGAAAGUAUCCAGU